CAGCUCUCUGGGAGUGGUGGGGCUGUCUGGCGGCGGGAUGGAGCACCACGCCUCGGGCCCAGGCAAGCGCAUGCGGAAGCCAUCACUGCUGUAUGAAGGCUUCGAGAGCCCCCAGCUUCCGCACGCGCCGCCCCCUCCCCCGAUCCAGCCCCCCGUCAGGGACCCCGGCCGGCAGGGCUGCAUGACCAACCAGCUGCAGUUCCUCCAGAAGGCCAUGAUCAAGUCCCUGUGGAGGCACCACUUUGCCUGGCCCUUCCAUGAGCCAGUGGACGCCUUCAGACUCAACCUCCCAGUGAGUUACUGUUUGUAGAGAUUAGUGGUCACCAACUGGUCCUAGAGAGCCAUAGGGGUUGCAAGCUUUUGUUACAACCCACCACCAUGUAGGCCUACAGCCAUGAGCGUUCGUCCAUAGUUUACAUCAGUGUCACACCGCCAUUCAACAGUCAUUACUCUCUUUUUCUUUAUUCCGUUCUUUCUUGCUCUCCUAGGAUUAUCACAAGAUCAUCAAGCAACCCAUGGACAUGGGCACCAUCAAGAAGCGGCUGGAGAACAACUAUUACCGCAGCGCCAGUGAGUGCAUGCAGGACUUCAACACCAUGUUCACCAACUGCUAUAUCUACAACAAGGUAUGGCCCUAAUAUUUACAUGUAUAGAUCAGUCUAAUGCAUCAAUGACAACAGAGCUAAUGUAUUUAUCUAAUUUAUCACAAGGUCUUUCCAUAUUCACAGCAACUGUAGAUGUACCUGUGUUAACUGGAUGUUGAUUAUUAAGUGCAUGUGGCUUCUUCUCCUCCCCCAGCCCACAGAUGACAUAGUGCUGAUGGCCCAGUCCCUGGAGAAGGUGUUCCUGCAGAAGGUGGCCCAGAUGCCCCAGGAGGAGAUUGAGCUGGCCCCCUCCUGCCCCCAGGGGCAAACCGGGCAAGCCUGGCAAAGGAGGCCGCAAGGCCAACGGUGAGUCACUCUGGAGAAUGUGAUGGGAAAAGCAGGCAAGAUAAAUGUUCAACGAAGUGUUAGUGGAUAUACUGUGUAUGUGUGGUUAAAGAUGAGUAGGAACACAUGUGCAACCUUGUUUAACAUGGACUGUACCUCCUUGCCCAUAAUAUUUUUUGGUAGUAUUACCACUAUGGGUGUGUUCUUGGGUCUGAUUUUUCUCUGCCCCUCUCUCAGCGUCGAAAGCUCACCAGGUCCCUGCAGUGUCUCAGUCGGCAUACUCCCCAUCCUCCUCUGACACGGGUGACUCCGACACCCCCCCUCAGACCAUGCUGCCCAAGAGUCUGCCCCCCACACAGCUGCUGAGCCUGCCCCCCACACAGCCCACCGCCAAGGUACCACACUUUACUCAAUAUGCUAAGACCUGAAUAGGAACUUGCUAUAGUACUGAACACUGUAUUGAUGCUACAAAUUUGUUGCUGCUGCCUGUUACACACUGUAUAUAGGCUACAGAACCUCCAUUGUCAAACAGAAAACCAUACUGUAACUCCUCUCUCUGUGUGCAGAAGAAGGGAGUGAAGCGGAAGGCGGACACCACCACUCCCUCCACCAUGAUGACCAUGCCCCUGGCUGUAGGAGGGGGCCGGAUGGUGGGCCUGGGGAAAGGAGGCCACGGGCAAGGGCUGAGCCACGACCCCUCCUCCCUCGCCUCCCUGGGGGACAUGGACCCCCCUCCCAGCCUGGUUAGAGGACCCAUGGGCCCAGGAGGCCCCGUCCUGCUCCAGCCCAUGAUGGCCGGAGGCGGGAAGACCCUGGCGCGGCGAGGGGGCAGUGGACGCCCCAUCAAGCCCCCCAAGAAGGACCUGCCGGACUCUGUGCAGCCCAAGGCGCCGCGGCGGGCCAAGCUGAGCCAACAGCUGCGUUACUGUAACAGCGUGCUGAAGGAUCUGCUAUCCAAGAAACACGCGGCCUACGCCUGGCCCUUCUACAAGCCCGUGGACGCCUCGGCCCUGGGCCUGCACGACUACCACGACAUCAUCAAGUGCCCCAUGGACCUCAGCAACAUCAAGGUCAGCUUGCAAGAUAAAGAUGUCGCAAUGCCGUGACUCAAUGAGAACUGAAUGUGGCUCAAAUACACAGUUCAUGGAUUAUUACCUCAUAUCUUCUCACAUUUGUUUUGUGUGGAUAUCUGUCACAGUAUGAAACUAAGGAGGCUUAUCCCUAUCUGGAGUCAUCUCCUUUAUCUGUUGGAGUUUAAAACCUUCUCUUUUCUCUCCUGUCUUUCUCUCAGAGGAAGAUGGACAGUCGGGAGUACAGGGAUUCGCAGCAGUUUUCCGCUGACGUCCGACUCAUGUUCUCCAACUGCUACAAAUACAACCCCCCCGACCAUGACGUAGUGGGCAUGGCCCGCAAGCUGCAGGUGAGCUCAGUUCCGUCACCACAACUCACCCUGGAACCCUUAGUUCACCUUUGUUGCUUGACCUCCAUGUCCACUGCAUGCUCAGGGGGCUUUACCUGCGAUAUGUGGUCGUCUUAUCUACCUUGGCUGAAUGCACUGACUGCAAGUCACUCUGGAUAAGUUUGCUUAAUGACUAAUAUGUCAAAUGUCAGUUGCAUUUCUCUGUUCUGUCCCUUCACGUUCUCUCUUGUGAUAACUGUUAUUAUUGUGUAACAAAACAAUAGGGACAUGAUCCACAAUGGAGUAAAUAAACAAGCUCUCAAUCCGUUUUGUCUAUCUGUCCAUCCAGGACGUGUUUGAGUUCCGCUUCGCCAAGAUGCCCGACGAGCCCCUCCAGCAGGCUCCUCCCAAGUCCCGUGGCAUGGGUGGCGGCAUGGGCACUCACGCUCACGGUGGCGGUGACUCCUCGUCUUCUUCCUCCUCCUCGUCCUCAUCCUCCUCGUCGGAGAGCGAGCCCAGCAGCGAGAGCGAGAGCAGCCCCAGCUCGGACAGCGAGGAGGAGCGAGCACACCGCCUGGCCGAGUUACAGGACCAGGUGUGUACACAGGUAGACUCAACCCCCCCGUUCACCUAACACACUGCACCACACACACCUAACACAGGCCUGUUUUCAUCUACACACCACAUGCAUAGACUGCAUCAAUAGAGUUUAGACCUCUCUAAUACAGGUUUUUGUAAUAUUCAGACAAAUCCAUGCUUGUAUGCAUACUUUCACACUCAUUUGGUGUACAUGUUUAUACAAAUACUCUCUGUGUUCAAACAUGUAUGUACAUAAGCCUACAUGGGCUAUUUGCUGUAUUUGCUCACUAUUACACUGUAAUAUCACAGUAUUCCUUCAUGACCUAGCCAUAUAAGUGAAGUGUAGUUGUCCAGUUGAACACUCCACCUCUGGUCUGCCCCCCGUCACAGCUCCGAGCCGUACACGAGCAGCUGGCAGCCCUCUCCCAGGGCCCCAUCGUCAAGAACAAGAAGAAGAGGGAGAAGAAAGACAAGAAGGAGAAAAAGAAGAAGAAAAAGCCGGAGAAGCGAAACCGAGGACGGCCCUGCGCGGCGGUAGGGGGUGAGGACUGGGAGAUGCCGACGGCCAAGCCGGUGAAGACGCCAAAGAGUAAAUCCAGUAGGAGCUCAGCUCCCGCCUCCUCGCAGGGCAAGAGCGGCCCCGGCAGGAAGAAGGGCAGCAAGUAAGCCUACACUGACCUCAAACACAACCUUUCUCUUUGCUUUAACUCUACUUUUCUGACGCAUUUUCUCUUUACUUCUCCGUCCCUCGAUCUGUGAUCCAUGUCCUCUAUUUCUCCUACCUUGCUUGUUUCCGUCUCUCAUUUUGUAGACUUCUUUCACAUUGCUUCCUCUUUCCACCUUUCCUCACUUCACUUUUUAAGUUUCUUACACCAUUUUCUACUUCCUCUCUUUAUCACACUGCAAUUCCAACUUGACCUGCAUUUGUCUCUAGUGCCGUGGUAUUCAAAGUCAGGGCCCCAGGACAAUUGACUACAGUGGGGUCGCAGAGUACAGAUUAUUGAAUGGGACAAUGUAUAAAGUUCAUUUUGAUAAGAGAUGGAAAUGUAAUGAAUUGAAGGUGAUUUGUUGAUGUAAAAAUCUAAAUUUACCGAAAUGUAGGUUGUCUUUAUAUUUGGGGUGGGGUCACGAGAAAAUUAUUGUAAAAAAAUUAUAAUUGGGUCCCCACAAAUUCGGGUGUGAAAAAAUGGGCUCCCCGCUGGAAGAGUUUGCAUACAACUUCCCUAGUACUACUCCACAGUCCUCUAACAGCCUCCACCUGUCCCCCCUUCUCCCUAGGAACACCAAGAAGUCCCAGGCUGCUACCAUGCCCUACUACGCCCCGCCUGCCUCCCAUGCUGCCCCACUACGACUCCGAGGAGGAGGAGGAGGAGACGUCUCCCAUGUCGUACGACGAGAAGCGCCAGCUGAGCCUGGACAUCAACAAGCUGCCCGGUGAGAAGCUGGGCCGCGUCGUCCACAUAAUCCAGUCCCGCGAGCCCUCGCUGCGCGAUACCAACCCAGAGGAGAUCGAGAUCGACUUUGAGACGCUCAAGCCGUCGACGCUGCGUGAGCUGGAGCGCUACGUCAUGACAUGCCUGAGGAAGAAGCCCCGUAAGCCUUAUGGUGAGCGGGAACGGAUAGCGAUAGCUAAUGCUAGCUGUGGUUAGCUAGUAUGGUGUGAAGGGGAAUGUGUCAUGUUGUCACUGCAGACACUUGCUAAUGCCAUGUUAUGCUACAAAGAACUGAUGCUACAAGCUGGUGCUGUGGUGAUAAAAUGCUACAUGCUAGCGCUCUGGUUGACUAAUACCAUACAAAAGGAACCAGUCUUUCACUAUGGAAUGUUUAGAUAUUUAUGUGUGUAACCUUGAACCUGUCCUGUCUGUGUGUAACAGUGAAGAAAGGGGGCCCCGGCAAGUCCAGAGAGGAGCUGGCCCUGGAGAAGAAGAGGGAGCUGGAGAGGAGGCUGCAGGAUGUCAGCGGACAGCUCAAUUCUGGCAAGAAACCCCAGAAACCCAAGGGUGAGAACCACACGUACACAGACACACGGGGAGCGGCUGUUGCACAUGUAGCAUUUAGCAUGCCGAUAAAUGCUAAUCCUAUACCCCCUCUGUUUCGCUCUCUCUCACAGCGGAGAAGCUCAGCGGUGUAGAGCCCCACGCCCGGCCCUCCCGCCUCAGCGGCAGCAGCUCCAGCUCAGACUCUUCCUCCUCCUCGUCAUCCUCCUCCUCUGACACCAGUGAAUCAGAC